UUUUUUGUAUUUUUGCACAAUGGACGAAGGAGGUGAAGAUGAGACUACGUUUGUCGUGGAGGACGUAACCAAGUUAAUAAAAGACUCCAUAGAAACAACCAUCGGUACGAGCUCUUACCAACACAUCCGGGUGAACCAGUGGAGCACCACCAUUGUGGAGCAGUGCCUCAGUCAGCUGUGCAAGCUCGGAAAGCCUUUCAAAUACAUCGUCACCUGCAUCAUCAUGCAGAACAACGGGGCGGGGCUGCAAACGGCCAGCUCAUGCUUCUGGGACAACUCUACUGAUGGAAGCUGUGCAGUAAAAUGGGAGAACAAGUCCAUGUGCUGCAUCGUCAGUGUUUUUGGCUUGGCCAUCUAAAUGUUAAACGUGUUCGGCCAUGUUGGCUGCAUUUCCAUGGUCGCAUGAUUGAUAAUUGAAUAAAAUGAGCCAUUUGUGCUUUAUUAUUUUCCCAGUGA